AUGGCAGCACCAGCAUUCAACAUCCCACCGCUCAGGUACUUCGAGCCUGCGGAGAUUUCCGUCACCGGUUGGGUACAGCUCUUCGACGGGUACUGCACCCUUGUGAAAAUGCCUGGAGAAGUUAUCAACGAGAAUGCGCUCAUCCGGCUGCUGCGCCAGAAGUACGAGCCCCCUGGACUUGUGUCUACCAACCGGCUCCAGUUCAACCGGCGAGUGCAGCUUCAAACGGAAUCAGCGACGGAUUACGUCACGGCUCUUCAGGUCCUUGCCGACAGGUCCAACAACCUCACGUUUUUCCAAGCAAAGGAGCUUUGUGAGAAAGAUGAUGCCCUUCGUAAUGAGGUGCGUUUCAUGGCUCAGCACAUGGCUGGUCUCAACGCAGCUUCUUAUCAACCUAAACAACCGUCUCUGAAGUUCAAGCCGUUCACUUACAGAAGAGAAACUCCACAUGGUUCUAAUGGCAGUUACAAGAAGCAAAAUCAUGAACAACCCCGCUCUACCUGGAAUCCAUGCUUCAGAUGUUCUCGUAAACACGAUGGACGGAACUGCCCUGCCAAGGAUUGGGAAUGCCACAAGUGUCACAAGAAAGGCCACAUCUCAAAAUGCUGUCCUCAGCGUUUGGUCAAGGUGGUUGAGCCACAGGUACCAGUUGCACCUCCGACGGCUGAACCUCCUCUGUCUCAUCUUGGUCAGCAACCUCCACUUUCUUCCAUUGAGGAAGAAGUUGAAAGACUCUUCCGUGUCUCCAAGGAGCCAGUACAAGUAAUCCUUCUGAAUCAUGUCAGUCAAAGUCCUCCAGUAUUAGUCAGAUUGUCUGUCAAUGGAAUUGAGUUGGAGAUGGAAGUCGACACAGGUGCUGGAGUUACAGUUGUGAGUUAUGCUGUCUAUUUAAAAUUUCUUAAAUCAUGCUCCCUGUCUCCUUCACCUUUUGUAUUGAAUUCAGUUUCUGGUUCAAUCAAAGUCUUUGGACAAUUGUCUGUCUCUGUCGCACUUCCAUCCCAGCCUCCAGUUCAACUUAUUCUUGUUGUCUGUGAUACUGUUGCUCCUGUCAGGUCUCUUUUGGGUAGACCUUGGUUAGAUGUCUUAUUUAAGGAUUGGAGGAAAGUCUUCCUUCCAGCUAACGUAAUUUCAUCUGUCUCCGACAGAGUGCAGCAAUUGCAGCACAUGUUUCCUAAAGUUUUUGACUCCUUAAAUGAUGAUCCAAUUACUCCAUUCAAGGCUAAGUUGCUUUUUAUAGGCAAUGUCAAGGACAUUUUUGCUCCAGCUUAUUCACUUCCUUAUUCAUUAGUAGAUGUCAUAGAUUCAUUAAUUGAAAAAUUAGUGUCUUCCAACAAAGUCUUCCCAGUAACGUAUUCGGAAAAUGCAUCCCCUUGUGUUCCAAUCAAAAAGAAAGAUGGGUCCUAUAGGCUCUGUGUUGACUUUAAACGCACCCUCAACACCCAAUUAAAGGUUCAACAAUACCCUUUGCCUAGGAUUGAUGACAUCUUUGCUUCCUUAGCAGAUGCUUCAGUGUUCACUGUAAUUGAUCUUUCUGAUGCAUAUCUCCAGUUGGAGUUGGAUGAAGCCUCCAAAAAAUACGUUACUGCGAACACUCAUCAAGGCUUGUAUAGAUAUAAUAGAUUAAUUUAUGGCAUUGCCAGUGCCCCUGCAAUUUUCCAACAGGUGAUGGACUGUAUCUUAAAAGGUAUUCCUGGUGUAAAAUGUUAUUUAGAUGACACUUUAUGGUUCGUAAAUCAAGUUGAGUAUUUAGGUAACAUCAUUUCAAAAGAAGGCAGAAAACCAUCACCUGACAAAAUUCAAGCUGUUCUUAAAGCUAGGGUCCCUACGACCAAAAAGCAAGUCUUGUCUUUCCUCGGUCUAUUUACUUACUAUUUCCCAUUAUUACCUAACUUUAGUGCCAUUUCAAAACCACUCAGACUCCUUUCUGAUCCAAUUGUUUGGGAUGCCAGUGCUCAAUCUUCUUAUGAUGAAUGCAAAAAGUUGUUCCUUACCAGUGGUGUUUUAGUCAACUACAACCCUGAGCUACCAAUAGUUGUCCUGUCAGAUGCCAGUCCUGAUGGUCUAGGUGCCAUACUCUGUCACAAAGUAGGUAAUACUGAACGUCCUGUUGCCUUUGCUUCUUGUGCAUUAACCCCUUGUCAGCAAAAUUAUGCCCAAAUAGACCGUGAAGCUCUUGGUAUCAUGUUUGCUAUUAACAAAUUUCAUAAAUUUAUCUGGGGACGUCAAUUCAUUUUGGUCACGGACAAUGCUCCAUUAAGACAUAUCUUGAGUCCCGAUAAGUCUAUCCCUGUGUUGUCAGCCCAACGACUUCAACAUUGGUCGUAUAUCCUUCAAGCCUAUACCUUUAAUAUUGAGCACAGAAAGGCUGAGCUUAUGUCCCAUGUAGAUGCACUGUCAAGAGUCCCACCACCUACUGAAUUUUUUGAUGACAUUGCUUUACAUUCUAACUUCUCGGAAGCAUUUGAAAUUUCAUCCAUAGCCAGGGAUUUGCCCUUAAACUCGUCAGUCAUAGCUGAGGAAACAAAAAGGGAUCCUGAGCUGUCUAAACUUUCACUUCAAUGUAAAGUAGGCUGGCCUGAUUGGGAUCGAUUUUUAGAUCCUUUGGUCAAACCCUUUUUCAAGUUGCGUGAGCAACUGUCCUUGGAAAAAGGUUGUGUGCUCUAUGCUUCCCGAGUCGUAAUUCCGAAAAGUCUAUUAAAACAGGUUAUUGAAAUCCUCCAUGAAGAUCGUUCUCAUGACUACGUCCCAUGGCCUGAAGCUAAAGAACCAAUGCAAAGAGUCCAUGUUGACCUCUACACCUUUAAAGGCAUUCAUUUCUUCCUUUUUGCUGACUCUUUUUCUAAGUGGAUUCAUGUGCAGCGUAUGGUCCGUACUACUGCUUCUGAUGUUAUCUCAGUCUUGUCUACUAUUUUUGCCAUUUGGGGUGAUCCUCAAACCCUGGUAUCAGACAAUGGUCCUCCAUUUGAUAGUUUUGAUUUGAUUGAUUUCUGUACGGCUAGAGAUAUAAUUUUAACUCAUUCACCUGCUUAUCACCCUGAAAGUAACGGCUAUGCCGAGAGAUCUGUCCAGAUUGCCAAAAAAUCUAUUGAAAAAAUGUUUUUAGAAUACCAAGCCAAAGACUCAACUCACCUGCAGGUUUUCCCCAUUGACAUCUGUGAUAAAUUUAGUUAA